CAGUUCAAGGUUCUAUCAACCCUUUAAGAGUCCCCUCUUUCACUCCACUUCAGAAGCCUCACGCAGAUUACUGAAGCGGUGAUUCAGGGUGAGGGGAAGAUGAGUCUUGUUGUGGCUGCUGUGAUUCUCAUUCUUGGUUUUGUGGUCUUAUCCAUCAAUAGAGUUGGACUCAUCCAGAGAAAACUCAAAGGCACCAAGCUCCCCGCCAGCCUGCCCACCCUGCCAUUGAUCGGAAGCCUCCUGAGUCUGUGGAGUGACGACCAGCCUCAUAUCCUCUUCCAGAAGCUGCAGAAGAAAUAUGGGGAGAUUUAUUCCUUGAUGCUGGGCUCACACUAUGUGGUGGUGGUCAACAACUACCAACACGCCAAAGAGGUGCUGCUUAAAAAGGGCAAGAUCUUUGGUGGGAGACCCAAGUCGGUAACCACAGACUUGCUCUCCAGAGAUGGGAAGGACAUUGCAUUUGCCACUUACAGUCCAACCUGGAGAUUUCACAGGAAGCUGGUCCACUCUGCGCUCUGUAUGUUUGGUGAAGGGACGUCCUCCAUUGAGAAGAUCAUUUGCGAUCAGGCAACCUCCAUGUGCCUCAACUUCCAAAGUCUCCUGGACUCCCCCAUGGACCCGAGCCAGGAUCUGAUCCACGCUGUCACCAACGUGGUGUGUACCCUCUGCUUCAACUCCUCCUACAAAAGGAACGACCCUGAGUUCCUGACCAUGCUCAACUACAGCAAAGGCAUUGUGGACACAGUGGCCAAGGACAGCCUAGUGGACAUCUUCCCCUGGCUACAGAUUUUCCCCAACAAAGACCUUGAUAAACUGAAACAAUGCAUCGUGAUGAGAGAUAAAAUCCUGCACAAGAAGUUUCAGGAACACAAGGAAAAUUACACCGAUAACUCUACCAAUGAUCUGCUGGAUGCGUUGCUCACAGCCAAGAUGAACGCAGAAAACAACAACAGUCUGUCUCAGGGAGCCGGGAUGACAGACGAUCAUCUCCAAAUGACUGUGGCCGAUAUCUUCGGGGCUGGAGUGGAAACCACCAGCACCGUCCUGAGGUGGAUUUGGGCUUAUCUCAUCCACAACCCUGAGGUGCAGAAAAGAAUACACGAGGAGAUGGACAACAAGAUUGGAUUUGAUAGGCUGCCGAAAUUGAAUGAUAAAAGCAGCUUGCCCUACCUCAACGCAACCAUCAGUGAAGUCCUCCGCAUUCAGCCAGUGGCACCUCUUUUAAUACCACAUGUGGCUUUAGCAGACAGCAGCAUUGGUGACUGGACUAUUCCUAAGGGAACUCGCGUCAUCAUCAACCUGUGGUCUGUGCACCACGAUGAACAAGAAUGGAAGAACCCAGCAACCUUUGAUCCUGGUCGGUUUCUGGAUGAAGAUGGGAACCACAUUUACUCGCCCUCUGGGAGCUACCUUCCCUUUGGAGCUGGGGUCAGAGUUUGCCUGGGAGAGGCCUUGGCUAAGAUGGAAAUAUUCCUCUUCAUGGCCUGGAUUCUCCAGCGUUUCACUAUAGAGUGUCCGGAGGGUCAGCCGCUGCCCAGUUUAAGUGGCAAGUUCGGGGUCGUGUUGCAGCCCAAGAAGUUCAUGGCCCAACUGAGACCCAGGACAGCCUGGCAGAAACUAGGGCAGAGCAAUUAAAAGAGCAAUGUGCCUUCCGUGAGCCCAUGGGUUUGGGACAGGAACAUCAUUAACUUCAAUGAGACCGAUAAAGUUAACGCUUAUUCCAGCUAAAUAUCUAGUAACUAUUGUGUUGUGUAACAACUGUUGUGGUGAGUACAUGGCAGUGGCUUUAUUAUCUUCCAAACACUAGGGUGGGUUGAACAUUUGACCAGAUUGUACCUCCCAAACACUGCUAAGUGUAUGUUGCAUGACCCAGUAUAUGUUUUAAUGAAUGUUCGCUAUAUGUUGUGCACGGCUUCCUGGAAAGCAAAGUAUAUAAAAAACACACGCAAUCACCAAUGACAUAAUUAGCUUCGGAGUGAAAAGUCUAGAAAGUCUAAGUGGGUUAGCAAUCCUGAGAAUUUCAAAUCACACCAUUUCCUUCAGGACAGGAAUCAAUCUUUCCUCCCUCCAGGGAUGGGGGGAAUUAUUUUUUCAUUGGAUGAAUCCCAGGAAUCUUGGAGCAAUCAGCAAGGGUGGGAAUUAGAUGGGAAAGUGAUGGGGAAGGAAGGGAUAUUGGGGAUCCAGGUUGGACCGAGGCAGGUAUAUUGCGGUAUUUCAAGAAUAAAUCGUGCUCUCAAUGCCAA